AUGUCGUCAGUAGCUUCAGCGGGUCCAACAGCGACAGAAACGGCCCAUGCGAAAGAGCUUCUGCAGAAGCUUGUGGCGCUAGUUGCAAGAGCUUACUAUGAACCCCGACAUGUAGUGAUCUUGGAUAUCCUGGUCAGAGUGAACUCACAACGAGACGAAGACCUCGCCAAAGCGUUACGAGUGCAAGCCAAAGAGCUGCACAAGAUCUGCGGAAAACUGAAACUGGACGGUCUCGUGAAAGUUGAAAUCCGCCACGAAUUGGUCGGGCCAGUCAUGGAAGGCCGGCAGCAGCGCAAGAUUCCCCGGUCGUACUUCUACAUCGACUAUAAGCAGUUUGUGGAUGUGGUCAAGUGGAAGAUCUACAAGAUCGGGAAGAUGAUUGAGAAGGAAGUGCAGAUGCAAAUGGCGAAUAUGCCAUAUAAAUGUCCAACCUGCCAUAAGGAGUACUCGACACUGGACUUUGCGAUGCUGAACAAGACGCAUAACAUGAUGCCGCUAUGCGAUAUCUGCGGGAUUGAGAUCGUGGUUGGGAAGACGGCGGUGGAUUCAGCUGGGGUGAGCGAGAAGUACACCAAAUUCAUGAACGAAAGCCAACCAAUAGUCGACAUCCUCAAACAAACCGACCGGCUGAUAAUACCAGAAUGGGUCUCGGACGCCGACACCACGGGCACGUCAUACGUCCCAGGAGACGAGCUAGGGUUCUCGCAGGAGCAGGGGGCGGCGCCGGCGAAGAUUGUGGUGGAGGUGGAGGAUCGGGGUGAAGGGGAGGAUGAUGAGGAGUUUGAGGAUGUGGGGAAGAAGGAGACGGAUUCUCAGGCUAAAGCUCUAGAAGAAUACUACGCCAGCCUUCAAGCAAAGGCCAACGGAGGCGACACAAUCACGGGGAAGAGAAGCCGGGACACCGACGACGUUGGGGACGACGAGCGGGACUCGAAUUCAGCAGUAACCCCGACCAAUGGCGGUCCGGUGACGGUCUUGGACUCGGAUGACGAGGAGGAGUUUGAGGAGAUCUGA